GUCAAAGAUUCCCGUCCUUCGCGGUCUGGGCAACGCAACGGGCUCCAAUCCAUUCGCGGGCUGACGCGCCCCCUAUGGCGACCCCCCGCCGCGCUCGCCUCCCACUCGCCGCCGCCGUCCUCCUGCUCGUAGCACUCUUCGCCGGCGGCGCCGCGGCGGACGACGCCUCCAGCGACGACGACGCCGGCGCUCGGCGGACGCCCGGCUGCUCCAACAAGUUCCAGCUGGUUAAGGUGAAGAAUUGGGUGAACGGGACAGAAGGUACAACUGCUGUUGGACUAAGUGCAAGGUUUGGAGCCUCCUUGCCUAGAGAUAUUCAUGAAGCUCAAAAAACAUUUGCUGUCCUUGCAAAUCCAUUUGACUGUUGUUCCAAUUUGACAUCAAAGUUAGCAAAUUCUGUUGCUUUAGCAACACGUGGAGAAUGUGCUUUCACUGCUAAAGCAAAUAUUGCUCAAGCUGGUGGUGCAGCCGGUUUACUAGUUAUCAAUGACAAUGAAGAACUUUACAAGAUGAUUUGCAGUGAGAAUGACACUUCCAUUAAUUUGACGAUACCUGUCGUCAUGAUACCACAGUCAGCUGGAAAGAAGCUGAAGGACUUAUUGGAUCAUGAAGCAAUUGUGGAAGUACAGCUAUAUUCACCAAAUCGACCAGUCGUUGACCUGUCAGCAUUCUUCCUGUGGAUAAUGGCAAUAGGAACCAUAGUCUGUGCUUCACUCUGGACUGAAUUCGUUGCAUGCGAGCAGGUUGACGAACGUUAUAAUCAGUUGACCCGAAAGGAUGGACCUAAUUCUGGAACAAACUACAGAGAAGAUAAAGAGAUCUUCGAGAUCAGUGCCAAGGGUGCUAUUGUUUUUAUUAUAGUAGCUUCAGUUUUCCUCCUCCUCCUGUUCUACUUCAUGUCAUCUUCGUUUGUUUGGGUGCUAAUCGUAUUAUUCUGCAUUGGUGGUGUUGAGGGUAUGCAUGUUUGCUUGGUCACACUUCUCUCUAGGAUUUUCAAGGACUGUGGACAAAAGACUGUACAACUACCCUUUUUGGGGGAGGUCUUGAUCUUAUCUGUUGCAAUUAUACCAUUUUGUAUGGCAUUUGCAAUUCUCUGGGCUGUGUAUCGGCAUGCUUCAUGUGCUUGGAUAGGCCAAGACGUCUUUGGUAUCUGCUUGAUGAUAACUGUGCUUCAGAUGGCGCGCUUACCAAAUAUCAGGGUUGCAUCAGCACUUCUUAGUUCAGCAUUUGUCUAUGACAUCUUUUGGGUGUUCAUUUCACCUCUUAUAUUCCAUGAAAGUGUCAUGAUUGCAAUGAGGAAGGCUUGUUCUUUACAAUCUCUUCUCCAAAACAGAUGUCUUACAAUGCAUGUAGCUCGUGGUGAUUACUCUGGGGAAUCAAUUCCGAUGCUCCUAAGGAUACCUCGCUUCUUUGAUCCAUGGGGUGGCUACGAUAUGAUAGGCUUUGGUGACAUCAUUUUCCCUGGAUUGCUUGUUGCAUUCAGCUAUAGAUUUGACAGAGCAAGCAAAAAAGAAAAAGGUAUCUUGAAUGGAUAUUUUCUGUGGCUGACUGUGGGAUAUGCUGUUGGCCUUUUCCUUACCUAUCUGGCACUUUUCCUCAUGGACGGGCAUGGUCAACCUGCAUUGUUGUACCUGGUUCCAUGUACAUUAGGGGUUAUUGUUAUACUUGGUUGGGUAAGAGGUGAACUGCAUGAUUUAUGGAACUAUGGAAAGAGUCAAACAGAAAAUUUAGUCGAUGAACCUUGAAAAGUAAUAUCCCGACAGAAUUGGUAUCCAAAGUGUUGGUGACAUCCAUUGAGCUAAUUUAUCAAUGGAUAUUCUGGGGUAAUCUAAGAGAUGUACACAAUUACCUUGACCGACAAGUUUCAUGUAAUGUGUUUCUUGUUUUGUAGUAUAUAGUCUUAGUAAAUGUAUUAUUUAGAGCACGGUUCAAGUGUUCAAUGUUCACAACAUUAUUAAUUUAAAAAGGAUGAGACUUUAUACCUUUGCCAUACUA